GUGGGAAGAAAAUGGACUCAGUGGAGAAGGGGGCCACUAGCUCUGUCUCCCACCCGCGGGGGAGGCCGUCUCGGGGCCGGCCGCCGAAGCUGCAGCGCAACUCCCGCGGCGGCCAGGGCCGAGGGGUGGAGAAGCCCCCGCACCUGGCGGCCCUGAUUCUGGCCCGGGGCGGCAGCAAGGGCAUCCCCCUGAAGAACAUUAAGCACCUGGCGGGGGUCCCGCUCAUUGGCUGGGUCCUACGUGCAGCCCUGGACUCGGGGGUCUUCCAGAGUGUAUGGGUUUCAACAGACCAUGAAGAAAUUGAGAAUGUGGCCAAACAAUUUGGUGCACAAGUUCAUCGAAGAAGUUCUGAAGUUUCGAAAGACAGCUCUACCUCUCUAGAUGCCAUCAUAGAAUUUCUUAAUUAUCACAAUGAGGUUGACAUUGUAGGAAAUAUUCAAGCUACUUCUCCAUGUUUACAUCCUACUGAUCUUCAAAAAGUUGCAGACAUGAUUCGAGAAGAAGGAUAUGACUCUGUUUUCUCUGUUGUGAGGCGCCAUCAGUUUCGAUGGAGUGAAAUUCAGAAAGGAGUUCGUGAAGUGACUGAGCCUCUGAAUUUGAAUCCAGCUAAGCGACCUCGUAGACAAGACUGGGAUGGAGAAUUAUAUGAAAAUGGCUCAUUUUAUUUUGCUAAGAGACAUUUGAUAGAGAUGGGUUACUUACAGGGUGGAAAAAUGGCGUACUAUGAAAUGCGAGCUGAGCACAGUGUGGAUAUAGAUGUGGAUAUUGAUUGGCCUAUUGCAGAACAAAGAGUAUUACGAUAUGGCUAUUUUGGCAAAGAGAAGCUUAAGGAGAUAAAACUUUUGGUUUGCAAUAUUGAUGGAUGUCUCACCAAUGGCCACAUUUAUGUAUCAGGAGAUCAAAAAGAAAUAAUAUCUUAUGAUAUAAAAGAUGCUAUUGGUAUAAGUUUAUUAAAGAAAAGUGGUAUCGAGGUAAGGUUAAUCUCAGAAAGGGCCUGUUCAAAGUCAACGCUCGCUGCCUUAAAACUGGAUUGCAAAAUGGAAGUCAACAUAUCAAACAAGCUAUCAAUUAUAGAUGAAUGGAGAAAAGAAAUGGGACUAUGCUGGAAAGAAGUAGCUUAUCUUGGAAAUGAAGUGUCCGAUGAAGAGUGCUUGAAGAAAGCUGGUCUAAGUGGAGUUCCUGCUGAUGCCUGUUCCACUGCCCAAAAGGCUGUUGGGUAUAUUUGCAAAUGUAAUGGUGGCCGUGGUGCCAUUCGAGAGUUUGCAGAACACAUUUUCCUACUAAUGGAAAAAGUUAGUAACUCAAGCCAAAAAUAAGCAUUAGUUUAAUGUUGGGAAAGGUACAAAGUCUCCUAAGCCACUCUGC